CCUUUUGUAUACAUGCUAAUAUGCAGGCAGGCUCCCUGUAUCCUCAGCCCGCACUUUGGAUGAGACCUUCCAGGCAUCUAUAAGUAUCAGAGGCAGCUGCGGCACAAGGAUUAUGCCGACUUUGGACUCCCAGGGCAGCAGAAGCAGCACCUUCCCAGCACACAGCCUUGUCAGUUCAGCGCGUUAAGGAGGAUUUUGCUAGAGGAGAGAUCAGUCCGCUUGCGAGUCCUGCGAUGAGUUGUCUGGAUGUUAUGUAUCAUCAUCAGGUUUAUGGAAUGCGCCAGUGUCUGCCCGGGACAGCGUGUACCACAGCCUAUUAUCAUCGCCAUCACCAGCAGCAGAAGAAGAUAGCUGCUUAUAAUAAGAUGCAGGAGGCAAUAGAAUUAACUCUAUCAACAAAACAAGAGGAAGAUGAAAAAGACCAGCCAGCAGAGAUGGAAUAUCUGAAUUCUCGAUGUGUUCUUUUUACAUAUUUUCAGGGAGACAUUGGAACAGUGGUGGAUGAACAUUUCUCGAGGGCACUGAGUCAAAUCAGCACCUUCAGUCCCAAUAUUGCUGCAUCAAAAAGUAAAAUAGGGACAACAAGAGAGAGCUCAUCAAUAUCAUGCCAAAGGACUAGCUUUCCCCCAUCACUUCGGACAACAUCAACUUCAGCAUGUUUGACUGGAGUUCAUCCGGACUUCUCAACAGCACCCACUGGAAUUUUCCCUUCUACUGAACAUGGUAGCUGGCAUGGAGAUUGCUUGCAUCAGACUGUACCACCACCACCUACUGUAUCAGAAUCUUGGCAUUAUCCUCUAGCUUCACAAGCAAGCUCACCAUACACACACAUGCAUGAUGUUUACAUGUACCACCAUCAUGCUCGCCCACACGUACACCACCACCGACAUCACCAUCACCAAAGUUCACAUCUAGACCCAAGAUAUGGACCCCUUCUAAUGCCUUCUGUGCAUACAGCAAGGAUUACUGCCCCACCAUGUGAAGCUACAAAAACAGAGGCCACUGCUUCCACUACUGCUACCUCGCCAUGGCCGGGUGCUUUUCACGGCACUGUUGAUAUUGUACCCAGUUUUGGCUUUGAGUCAGGUAUUCAGCACCAGGAUAAAGAAAAGGAUUCUCCAUGGUUCUGAACUCUGCCUUAUUUGAAAGUCCAGAAAACAGUGAUCUCUACAAAGAGAAUUUUGAACUAUUGCCAAAAAAAAAAGCAAAACAGACGUGACUCUGCAAUAAAUCUAAGUGAUUUCAGAAGUCAUUCUUCAAACAAUGUGACAUAUUUUCUGAGCCUACUGCAAUCAUUCGCUACCAUUAUUACAAACUAUACUUUCCUUAAAAGCACUAUUUUUGCUAUUACUAUACAUAACAUUAUCAUAAUCAAUUCCAAGUUUUAUACCCUUCGGUGUAUCUUGUGUCUACAUUUGUAGAUACAAAAAAGUUUUGGUUUUUUUUUGUAUGUUUUUGUGUAGCGCCAAAGAGCUGUUUUAGAAGGACUUUAAAAAAAAAAAGUAACAUUUUAAAAGUUCUGUUUCAAGAACUGUGUCUCAGUGAAGCACUGGCAAGCCAAACUUUUUUUGUAUAAGAAAAUU